CUCAUUCUGUGGAGAAACUGUAAACAGCAAAGAGUAGAAGGAAAUGGCGAUUUCGCUCUCCCUCUGUUCAAAUAUUCUUCGUCAGAGACAGAGACACACGCCUGAAUCAGUGAGACCGGUUCCCAUACGGAUAUUAACAGUAGGGAAAAAGAGAUCCCGUGGGGUACAACUCAUUGUCGAUGAGUACAUUGAGAAGCUGAAAUACUACUGCAGCGCGGAUGAUAUCCAAAUCCGGUCAAAUCCUAAAAAUGCUCGCGAUGUGAAAGCUCAGGUUGAAAAUGAAGAUACAGCAGUCAUGGGUCUCAUCCGGCCUGAUGAUUGGGUUGUGAUGUUGGAUGAGCAUGGGCUAGACCUUGGAUCCAUACAGAUGGCUGAGUUACUCAGAGAUGUCGGGAAUACAGGAGCUGCAAGGUUAUCAUUUUGCAUUGGUGGACCUUAUGGUCAUGGAGAGCAAUUGAGAAAACGUGCUAACAUAUCGAUCAAGUUGUCUUCAAUGGUCUUAAAUCACCAAAUUGCUCUACUUGUGCUCAUGGAACAACUUUACCGGGCAUGGACAAUUCUAAAAGGGCAAAAAUACCAUCAUUAACAAUUUCUAUUGUGUGAGCUGAAUCAUAUAAAUGUAUUAUGGUAAUAAACACACUCUCUCUCUUUCUCUACAUGGUCUAAUCUUCUUUUUCUUCUGAUUGUCAUAUGUUUGCUUUUCAACUGAUGAACUAUCACCAUGUUUCCUUCUUUGUAAUGCUGCCACAAGCCAACAAUUCUCUUCUACCUUGUUGUACUUGGCAUCUACCUCUUCUAUCUUCCAAACUUCCAGUACAUUUAUUGAAAACGAGUAUGAGCUAACCUAAAUUUCAAAUCUCAUUUAACUUGCCUUACAAAAUUCAUAAAAGAAUUUCCAGAUAUAAUUCUUCUUUUGCUGAUCGAUGAAAUCACUGAGACCUUGGUUUGGAGGGUUCUCAUUUCUCUUUUGCAAAGACCACCAACCCACCCGAGGAAUGGUCACUCCAAUCAGCAUUUCCAAGGUGACACCAUAACAAACCAUGCCCCCCCUGACCAAGAAGAGGCAGAACAGAGAAGCAAAAACAAAGAACCAUGGUGGGGAGAUCUCUGGAGCCUCCCUGGCGUCGAUUGAACAAUGCUUUCACAGUUGAUCGAAGGUAAUUCAACAAAGUUUCCCAGGAUAUGAUGCUGGUUUUCCUCUUAAUCAGUACUAAUGUAAGAGUUCUGAUUAUUCAUUUCUCUUCCAUUUAUGUAAUUCAGUUAGAUAAGUUUAGGGUUCAUGUUGAACUUGCUGUAAUUUCAUGGAAGUCAAUGUGCAAUGCUUUUCUGAGUAA